AUGGGCACGAGGGGAUUGAUCGGCUUCAUCAUUGCCGGCAAACGCAGAGGUUGUUACAACCAAUUUGACUCGUAUCCCAGUGGUCUCGGUGUCGCCAUUGUUCGAUUCAUCCUUGGUCUUAACCAGGAACAGCGAGAUGCAAUGGUAACAAGACUCUUAAACGUUACAUGGGUCACCGAAGACGAUCCCUUGCCUGCAGAGAUUUCCAUUCACUACAAAUCUCUAGAAUUUCAUUUGAGCCCAUAUGAGAAAGAAAUCAAGGCUCUGUGCGGGAAUCUGCCAAGAUGCAGCGACAGCGAGAUAUACGACUGGUUCUCUUUGUUGAGAGGUGUGCAAGGUGCACCAUGCCUUUCUCGCAUACUUGAUGGUACCCUCGAGCACCUCAUCGACUCAAUCGACUUUAUGGACGACGCAUUAUUCUGCGAAUGGGUAUAUUGGAUCGAUUUUGAAAACGGUACUUUACAGAUGGACAAUGGAGAUGAGGGAAAGUGGGAUUUUGAGCAUCUUCGUAGCGGAUUUUGGGGAAGACUAGUGGAAGAUGAUAUGAAAGCGGAACGAGAACAACAACAACUGAGGGAACGUUUUAGGGAGACGAAAGUAGGUGAGAAACAAAAGCAGGAACAGUCUGGUCAGCUAAUAGAGAGACAGGACGACAGCACGGCUCAUCCCGAAGGAAACGACAAACCAACCCUCGACCAAAUUGUCGAGGAAUUAGAUGCCGGAUCUCCAACUGGCAUCCACGAAGACGACCAAGACCCACUUCUUGGAGCCCCGGAACCUGGCGAGCCUUGUCCCUAUGGCCUCGUCGUCUUGGGAACGAAGAUUGCUCCAGCUGCGUAUCAAAGAAGGUCUUCAUUGCAUUCAGAAUCACGUUCUUCUCAAGGCAACAGUGUUGGCGGCGCGCGAGAAUGA